CUCCUCGGAGCCACGAAGAAGCCACCCUCGCGUUCUGCGCGUCGCAAGCGCCCCGGCGAGAUCGACCCCGAGACGCGCUAUUUUUUCCGCCACAUUUUCUCGCCCCCGUCCGCGACCGCCACGGGGUUUCGCGAGAGCGAGAAGACUCGUCGCCGAUAACCCGGGACAACGGAAGCCGCCGAACCCGCGGACCGCCGAACCCCAGCGUCCCGUCGUCGCGGUGUGUGUCACGGAAGAAGUUAUUGAUUCCUAUCGCGGAGCCGCGGACGGUGGUGGUUCGUCGAGCACACCUGCGGCGGUGGUGGUUCGGAGCACACCUGCCGCGAGGGUGAACGGCGACGUGCGUUUCACCUACUUUCGUCACCGCUGCGACUUCGAUUGCUUUAAGAAGAGCUUGAAGAACUAGUGUGAUCUACGUUAAUUCUCAGAAGCCAAGAUGAAGAUCGGACUGUUGAAGAACUUCCUGCACUAUUUCAACCUGCGGCAGGGCACGAUACUAAUCGCCAUAUUCCAAUUGUUUUCGUCCGGAUUCAGUAUGAUAUUCUUCAUUCUGGCUCUGGCGCACGCAGUGGGGAUUCAAGAAAUGGUGGUGAGAGACACCGAAGACGCCCUCGAAAGGGAGGCCCUGGAGGAGAUAUCGUCCAAUCAUCUCAAUACGAAAAAGAUGGAUCUCGCGCAUAACAACGCAAACGAAAUGGUGUACGCGAUGUACUGCGGCCUCGUCAUCACGGUUAUCCACUUCAUCUCUACCGUGUUUCUUCUCUACGGGGCUCUGACGAACAAUCGUCAUUUUAUGGCACCUUGGAUGAUGGUCAAGAUCACUAUUAUAUCAGCCCUAGCGAUCUCACUGUUCCUGGUAGAGGAGGAUUGCCCUUUCCUCGCUACUCUAGGCGGACGAGCUGGUAUUUGCGAACGUCUAAUCGGCUUUUUCCUGAUAAUCAUGAGCUUUUACGUCUGGUUCGUGGUGUACAGCACUUAUAAGAGCCUCGAGACGAAGAAAGGGCUUACGCACGAGAUACACAGUAUGAAGAAAAAGUACGCAGUGCCCGUACCGCCGGAGGUACCGAAGGCGAUCCAGGUCUCGGUGAAUAAACCCUACGAACUUUAAAAAAAAACUCAUGAGAUAACAAUGGAGAAUUUAUUCGUCGAGGACGGAAAAGUCCUCGUGGCGUUGCGGAAACCGCAAGAUUCGAUCGCGACGAGCGUAGAUGCAUUUUGUGGGGAAAAAAACAUGUACUUUCGGACAAGUCCGGAAAUUGGGACGGCAAUUUAGAGGUGCAAAAACGUGAAAUAAAAGUGCAUUAUCUCGAAAAUGAAAAAUUGAUAGCAGACGAGAGAUUUUGUACUAAGAAGUGUAUCGCACGUAGGAUGGGAUAAACGAAAAGAUCUUACUGUGUAAAGCUCAAGAGGACCCGCAAGCAGCGCGCUUCUCAUAUUUAAACGUUUCUCCUCGUUACAUUGUUCAAUGCCUCGUUAAACGUUCACGCAUGCUCCUUUACGUUCGUGCGUUAAGACGGUUCUUCAAUGCGACGCACAGAUACUAGUGUUUAGGUCGUUGAAUAAAAAAAACUGGAUGUCCACCGUACGCUUACAUGCGACACACAUGCGUUGGAAAUUCUGGAUUUCCACUCGUCAGAAUUCUGACGGUUAAAAAGUAUCACGAUUCCAAGAGUAAUCUGUCUUUCUCUCUGCGAGUGUGCACUUCCCUUCACGCGCAAGACUGAAUUAAAUUUUUCUUUUUUAAGCGAGUGAGUUAUCUUCUCGGAUAAUUUGCGGUCG